AUGGACGCUCAGUCAACCAACCACCCGUACACGAUUGUGCGCAUUAAGCGCAAACGUACGGAUGAACCACUCGACGCGCUUGUCGUCGAGUCUCGGGUUCGCAGAAAGAAGACGAAAGGCGGCCGCGAUGUUUUCCAAUUUGUUCAAACCGUCGAAGAGACUGUCUGGGAGGAUAAACAACUGCAGGAGACACUGCAGAACCAAAUCUCGAAGCUGUCACAAAACCAUGAUGACAAAAACACACCAUCGGUGCCUGCGGAUGUCACAAAUCUUUCUGGAGCUCAACGCCAUCGGCAAUUAGCCGAUGAAGGGAGGCGCUACACUAUCGUUCCUACACGCGAACCCGCUGAAAACCCCAAAUUUGCUACCAGUCCUCCAAAGGUCAUAUCUGCGAAAGAUGCUCGAUCUCAAAGCGACUUCAGGAUGUAUGAUGCCGUUCCUGCCGAUCAGAAUCCUACGUCUCCCGUCUUUGAUUCCGACAUGGAGAAAUUCUUACCCAUGCUGCAAAAUUACUUACGCAUGAAUGACGAGCCCUCGCAAGUUUUCUCUGCUGCCCCUCCAGCAGAGGAUUAUGUUUGGGAUGUAUUCUAUAGGCGUCCUUGCACACUCAGCGAAUGGAACUCGGCUGCUAAUAUCGGGAUGCUUGAAGGCCUUCCUCCCUCGCUGGAUGACCCUAACUCCAGUGACUCGGAGUCCGAGGAGGAAGAUGAAGCUGACGAAGAUUCAAAUGGUAUUCAUGUGGUUUGGCAUGAAAUCCUUCAUCUGACACAACGUUUUCCAGCCGAGGAAUAUUACAAGAAUGACUAUCCAGAUGAGGAUGAUUCGAAUGACAGUGAAGGGAGUGACAUAUUUCAUGAAAGCUCUGAAGCAGAAGACGAUCUUCGGUACGACAAUCUGAGUGAUGAAGACAACUAUUGGAGGUAA